AUGCAGCCCCCGCCGAGGAAGGUGAAAGUUACACAGGAGCUAAAAAACAUCCAGGUCGAGCAGAUGACAAAACUUCAGGCCAAGCAUCAGGCAGAAUGUGAGCUCCUCGAUGAUAUCAGAUCCUUCAGUCAGAAGAGAGCUGCAAUCGAGAAAGAAUAUGCCCAGAGCAUUCAGAAGCUGGCCAGCCAAUACUUGAAGAAGGACUGGCUUGGAGUGAAAGCUGAUGAACGAAGUGAUUACAGGAGCAUGUACUCAGUCUGGAAAUCCCUCUUAGAAGGCACCAUGCAAGUGGCUCAGUCUCGACUCAACAUCUGUGAGAACUAUAAGAACUUGAUUUCAGAACCAGCCAGGACUGUCAGGUGCUUUAAGGAGCAGCAGCUGAAGAAGUGCGUGGAGCAGCUGACGAGGAUCCAAGCUGAAUUGCAAGAGACAGUCAAAGAUUUAGCUAAAGGCAAAAAGAAAUAUUUUGAGACUGAGCAGAUGGCUCAAGCAGUGCGGGAGAAAGCUGAUAUUGAGGCCAAGUCCAAACUUAGUCUUUUUCAGUCCAGAAUAAGCUUGCAGAAGGCAAGUGUAAAGUUAAAAGCAAGACGCUCCGAGUGCAACUCCAAGGCCAUCCACGCACGGAACGAUUACCUUCUGACUCUGGCAGCUGCUAAUGCACACCAGGAUCGUUACUAUCAAACAGACUUAGUGAACAUUAUGAAGGCUCUGGAUGGAAAUGUCUAUGAUCACCUUAAGGAUUAUUUAAUGGCAUUCAGCAGGACUGAACUAGAGACAUGCCAAGCUGUACAAAACACAUUCCAGUUCCUACUGGAGACUUCCAGCAGGGUGGUUCGGGACUACAGCCUGCAGCUGUUCUUACAGGAGAACUCCGUGUUUCACAAACCACAACCCUUCCAGUUCCAACCCAGUGACACUGACACUAGCCGGCAGCUGGAGUCGGAGACCGGCACGACGGAGGAGCACAGCCUCAACAAGGAGGCUCGGAAGUGGGCGACCCGCGUGGCCCGGGAGCACAAAACCAUCGUCCACACUCAGAGGACACUUGAAGAGCUGGAAUGCCAUGGACCUGUGAUGUCUGAGCAAACCAGAGCAGAACUGGAGCAGAAAAUAGAUGAAGCCAGAGAAAGCAUUCGCAAGGCUGAGAUCAUUAAGCUGAAGGCAGAGGCUCGCCUGGAGCUGCUGAAGCAGAUCGGAGUGUCCGUGGACACCUGGCUCAAAAGUGCAAUGAACCAAGUGAUGGAGGAGCUGGAGAAUGAGCGCUGGGCCAGCCUGCCCUCAGUUCCCAACAAUGGCUCUUCACACCUGAUCAAUGCUGAUGCAGAGAAGGAGGAAGGGGAAGAGUUUGAAGACAGCCUGGAUGUUUUUGAUGACAGCAGCUCCAGUCCUUCUGGUACUCUACGAAACUAUCCUCUCACCUGCAAAGUUGUUUAUUCAUACAAGGCUUCUCAGCCAGAUGAACUGACCAUAGAGGAGCAUGAGGUCUUGGAGGUUAUUGAAGAUGGAGAUAUGGAAGACUGGGUGAAGGCACGGAACAAAGCAGGGCAGGUAGGCUAUGUGCCAGAGAAGUACCUGCAGUUCCCCACCUCCAGCAGCCUGCUGAGCAUGCUGCAGUCCCUGGCAGCUCUGGACAGUAGGUCACACACCUCCAACAACUCCACUGAGGCUGAUUUGGUCUCAGGCAGCCUGAAUGGAGACUCCAGUGUCUGCUUUGUGAAAGCACUUUAUGACUACGAGGGGCAGACAGACGACGAGCUGUCCUUCCCAGAGGGAGCCAUCAUCCGCAUCCUGAACAAGGAGAACCAAGCGGAUGAUGGCUUCUGGGAAGGGGAAUUCAACGGACGGGUUGGGGUCUUCCCCUCGGUGCUGGUUGAAGAGCUCACAGCCUCAGAAAAUGGAGAGCCUCAGUGGAUUGGAGAGAUUCAGGUAUCCCCAACUCCAAAGCCUAAUAAUGUCCUUCCACCACUGCCACUCUACGACCAGCCUCCCACCAGUCCCUACCAGAGUCCAGACAAAAUUGGUUCUCAGUACUUCCCCAGAUCACCCUCAGCUAAUGAGAACAGCUUCAGUUCAGAGUCCCCUGGAUUCUCCCAGCCUCCACGGAUCCCUCCUGAGACUUCCUAUGGCAAACUGCGACCUGUGCGAGCAGCUCCACCGCCCCCUACGCAGCAUCACCGCCGGGCGCCGGAGAAGAUCGAGGACGUGGAGAUCACCCUGGUGUAA